CCGAUUUGCCGCCGGCGGUUGGAUUGGUUCCUUUCGCUUCCGAUCGGAGGAGCCGAGCCUGUAGAUGCAGUCGUCGUCCGGGGGGGCUGCUGCUGCUACGCGGAAAACAUCUGUUGCUGAAGCUGCGCUAGGGACGACGGGCGCUGAGCCUGCGGGAUCAGCCGGGGAUAUGCCGGGGGACUCGUGGGCCAACAAGCGGGGCUCCUACGAGCGCCUCCGGCCCUUCAACCAAAAGAAAUGCAGUCCUGAAGAAAGUGCUUCCUUUUUAAGCAAGAUAACAUAUUCCUGGUAUAGCAGAUUUAUAACUUUAGGCUAUAAGAAACCAUUGGAAAGGGAAGACUUGUCUGAGCUCAUUGAAAGUGUUUCAUCCUACAUUGUGUGUCCAGAGUUUGAAAAGCAUUGGAGAAAAGAAGUAUUUAAAAAAUCCAAGGAUGUAAAGGCUCCUGCUUAUGAAGAUGUGACAAAAAAGCCAAUUUCCCAAAAGCCAUCUCUCCUUUCACCUCUAUGGCAAACAUUUAAAUUUUUAUUGAUCAAGGUGGCUAUUCUGAAAGUUGCAACUGAUUUUUUAGCUUUCCUGAGCCCACAGAUUAUGAAGGAAAUGAUUCUGUUGUGUGAGCAUUCCUCUGCUCCACUCUGGAAUGGCUAUGGGUAUGCAGUGGCUCUUCUGCUUGUGGUUGUUAUGCAGACACUAAUCCAACAGGCCUACCAGCGCCUUAACUUGCUUACUGUUGGGAAAAUUCGAACUGCCGUCACUGGCCUUGUAUACAAAAAGGCUUUAAAUUUAUCUAGCUCUUCAAGAAAGAAGUAUACAACUGGGGAAACUGUCAACUUGAUGACAUCAGAUAUCCAGCAACUCACGGAACUGGCAGUCAACCUCAACCUCCUAUGGUCAGCCCCCUUUCAGAUCCUCCUGGCCAUUACCUUCCUUUGGCAAGAACUGGGCCCCUCGGUGCUAGCGGGUGUUAGUGUGCUGCUUCUGGUGUUACCAGCCAAUGCUUUUUUUGCUGCCAAAGUCAAGCAGCUGCAGAAAAGUCAAAUGAACAGUAAGGAUCAGCAAAUUAAACUCCUAAGUGAAAUAUUGCAUGGAAUAAAGAUUCUCAAGCUAUAUGCAUGGGAGCCAUCAUAUCAGAAAAAGAUUGUGGACAUUCGGGAACGUGAAAUCGAUGUUUUGAAAUCCUCUGGUUACUUGACAACAUUCUCCAUGUUGACGUUGACUUGUAUCCCUUUCCUGGUCUCUUUGACUACAUUUGGAGUCUAUUUUCUGUUGGAUGAAGAAAAUGUUUUAACCGCUGCUAAAGUGUUUACUUCUAUCUCUUUGUUUAAUAUUUUACGACUGCCUUUGUUCGAUUUGCCUACAGCGAUUUCUGGAAUAGCUCAGACAAAGGUUUCUAUAGUUCGUUUAGAUGAUUUUCUGUCUUCUGAAGACCUCAACCCUCAAAACAUCCACACAGAUUACAGUGGGGAUCAUGCAUUUAGAUUUGUUAACGCCUCUUUCCGCUGGGAGAAGAUUGGAGCUCCAACCUUAAAUAAAUUGAAUCUAGAGAUCCCAGAAGGUUCACUGGUGGCUGUUGUGGGUCAAGUAGGAGCUGGAAAAUCAUCUCUCCUUUCUGCAGUUUUGGGAGAAAUGGAAAAAACAGGAGGAACUGCUCAGAGAAAAGGUUCAGUUGCUUAUGUGUCCCAGCAAGCCUGGAUUCAGAAUACCACUUUACGGGAAAAUAUUCUUUUUGGCCUGGAACUGAACAAGCUCUACUAUGAAAAGGUUUUGGAAGCCUGUGCUUUGUUGCCAGACUUGGAGCAAUUACCAGCUGGGGAUCAAACAGAAAUUGGAGAAAGGGGAGUGAAUAUAAGUGGGGGCCAGAAACAGAGAGUCAGCCUAGCUAGAGCUGUCUACAGCAGUGCUGAUCUCUAUUUAUUAGAUGAUCCCUUAUCUGCAGUAGAUGUCCAUGUUGGGAAGCAUCUUUUUGAGAAGGUGAUUGGGCCCUCAGGCUUAUUGAAAAACAAGACUCGUAUUUUAGUGACACACAACCUUGCAAUCCUCUCUCAGACCGAUAUAGUUGUCAUGAUGAAAGAUGGUAGAAUUACUGAAAUGGGAAGUUACAAAGACCUACUCUCUCGAAGAGCAAACUUUGCUGAGCUUAUUCAAACCUUCGGUGGAGGAAAGGAAGAUGAAGAGGUGCCCACAGUGUCAAGUAAAAUCAAAACAAGAGACCACAUUGUACCAAAGAAAAGACAGCUGGGGGAAAAAGACAGGAAUGCAUUCUUAAUGAAGAAAGAAAAAGUUGCCACUGGUUCUAUGAGAAUGUCAAUUGUUUUGAAGUACCUACAAGCAUUUGGCUGGUCAUGGGUGUGGCUAACCGUAGCAGCUUACAUAGGCCAAAAUGUUGUAGCCAUAGGGCAAAAUCUGUGGCUCAGCACAUGGACAACAGAAGCAAAAGAAAUCAAAGACUACACAGAAUGGAAACAAUUAAGAAACUACAAACUUAGUAUCUAUGGGCUCUUGGGAUUCCUACAGGGUCUUCUGGUUUGCUGUGGUGCAUAUGUGCUCACUAGAGGAUCUCUCUCUGCAUCUCGGUCUUUGCAUCAUCAGUUGCUAGACAGUGUGCUCCACCUUCCACUCCAGUAUUUUGAAACUAACCCCGUAGGUCAAAUCAUCAACAGGUUCACAAAGGAUAUGUUUAUAGUUGAUAUACGUUUCCAUUAUUAUCUACGGACUUGGUUGAACUGUACACUAGAUGUGGUUGGAACGAUCCUUGUGAUUGUGUAUACAUCACCCCUGUUCAUACUGGGGGUUAUUCCACUUGGAUACUUAUAUUUCACUGUGCAACGAUACUAUAUUGCUAGUUCCAGACAAAUCCGACGGUUAUCUGGAGCUACGCAAACACCAAUAAUUUCACACUUCAGUGAAACGCUUGUAGGUGUAUCCACAAUCAGAGCAUUUGGACAUCAGGAAAGAUUUCUUAAUCAGAACAAAGAUGUCGUCAAUGAGAACAUGGUUUGCUUCUACAACAACGUGAUCUCAAACAGGUGGCUGGCUGUCAGACUUGAAUUUCUGGGAAACUUGAUGGUCUUCCUUGCUGCAUUGCUUGCAGUGUUCGCUGGGAGCAAGGUGGACUCUGCCACAGUAGGAUUAUCAAUAACAUAUGCACUGAAUAUAACUCAAAGUUUGAAUUUUUGGGUCCGAAAAGCAUGUGAAAUUGAAACCAAUGCAGUCGCCAUUGAAAGGGUUUGUGAAUAUGAAAAGACAGACAAAGAGGCCCCCUGGAUAUUAUCCAAUCGUCCACCUGUGGGAUGGCCCAAGGAAGGAAUAAUACAGUUUGUAAAUUUCCAAGCUCGGUACAGGCCAGAUCUGGACUUGGCUCUGCAGGAUGUAACUUUUCUAAGCUGCAAAGAAGAGAAGGUUGGAAUAAUAGGAAGAACAGGAGCUGGCAAAUCGACUCUCACAAAUAGUUUGUUUAGGAUAAUAGAAAGAGCUGGAGGCAAAAUAAUCAUUGAUGGCAUUGACAUAUCAACUAUUGGUUUGCAUGACCUACGUGGCAACCUGAACAUUAUUCCACAGGACCCGGUCUUAUUCUCAGGGACACUGCGGUCAAACUUGGAUCCACUUGGAAGAUACUCUGAUCUUGAACUGUGGGAUGCACUGGAAUUGUGUGACUUGAAGAACUUUGUACAGUCACUCCCAAAGAAACUUCUCCAUGAGAUCUCCGAGGGUGGUGAAAACCUGAGCAUGGGGCAGAGACAGCUUGUUUGCCUGGCUCGUGCUUUGCUACGAAAGACGAAAGUAUUAAUCUUGGAUGAAGCAACAGCCUCUGUUGACAUGGAAACAGACAAUCAAGUGCAAUCCACAAUCCGGUCAGAAUUCCACAACUGCACAGUACUAACCAUUGCCCACAGGCUGCAUUCCAUACUGGAUUCUGAUAGGGUGCUUGUUCUGAACUCUGGAAGGAUUGCUGAAUUUGAUACUCCAGCCAGGUUGCUACAACAGAAAGGCAUAUUUUAUGAAAUGGUAUCAGAAGCUGGAAUACCACAGGAGGCAGACACCCAAUCUUUAAUAUGAACAGUGAUUAUUAUUUUCCUGAAUUCUUCUACAAGAAUUAUAGCAAAAAUUACUUCAUUUUAUAGGGAAUUUUUAAAAAGAAAAUUAAAAAUGAACUGUGUUGCCAAUAUUAAAUGUUUUUAAUACAA